AUGGAGAGAGGGCCACCGACUACGUUUAUGCGAAAUGAUCAUUUCCGCGGGUACCCGGUUCAAAUCAGCUCGCCCAACUUUCCGCUGAAUGCACUGCUGCGCCCCAAGGCGUGCCUGGCCUGCCGCCUCGCCCAUGCCUCCUGCGACAGGACGGGCCGGGCGGACACCUGCCAGCCGCCACCGCAGCGCAAGCGGGGCCGACCACGCAAGGACCCAUCAGCCGAGGCCGCCACCACCGCCACUGACAACGCCAACGUCGUCAAUGGCAGCGGCAGCGGCAUCGGCAGCAUCAACGUCAGCCCGCCUGCCUUCGGGUCGCCCCAGUUCGGCGGGUCUCGCCCUGUGUCGCACCACACCAACCCGGCGCAGCCACCGCGACCAUUCCAGGCCGAGCAGGGCGCAGGGUGGGCCGACGCGGGCGGCACUUUGGCCCACGCUCCGGCCAAGCGGCGCAGGGUCGAGCUCGAGCGGGACCUGCGCGACGGCGUCGAGCGCCACCACCACCACCACCCCGACCACCACCACCACGACCACCACCAGGUGGACUCCAACGCCGACGUCGACGAGGCGGCGGCGGAGGCCGACUUCAACUCUGACGAGGCCGACUCGGACGACUACGACCAGGUCUACUUCGAGUCCGUCAACGCCCACCUCCACCCGCCGCCCACGACCACCUCGCAUUCCUCGCAUUCCUCGUCGACAACGUCUACGGCGCAGCCGCGACGCGGCCGAGGGACCAGCGAGGAGCAGGCCUCGGGCGCGGGCGAGGCGCAAGGCGGGCUGAGCAUGGUCAAGUCGCUGCUGUUGCUGCUGGUCGACGAGGUGCGGGAGAUGAAGCGCGAGUUCGGGCAGGUGCGGGGCGAGGUGGCGGCCCUUCGCGCGUGGCAGGGCGGGGUCGACGACCGCCUCAACGCGCUGGCCGCCGUCAACGAGGCCACCCGCGCCAAGAUGGAGGACGAGCGGGCCAAGGGCCGACACAUGCAUCACGUACUCAAGCGACUCCUCGACACCUCGACGACCACGUCGUCGUCAUCACUGCCGUCGACAUUGUCGCCGGUGUCGUCUAUGUCGAUGUUGACAGUGUUGGGCGACCAGCAGUCGGCGGCGGCGGCGGCGGCGGGGGUGCGGUCGCCGCCGUUCAUGUACUCGAGCCCGGAGGCGCCGUCGGCCUAUCUUGCGCAGCGGAUCACGCCCAUGCUGCCCUUCCUCAAGGACUACGACUUUGGCACCGUACCCUUCGUACUCGACGACAUCAGUAAGCCGUUCUUUGCGGCGCGGAUGAAGGAGAUGCAGACGUUCGAGGAGCUGGAGUCCCCGGUGAUCCUCUUCUCCUCGCCCUCCAUGUGCGCGCUCCUCAACUACCGCGUGGAUGAAUUGCAAGGCCAGACGCUCAGGAUGAUCGCGCGGCCGGCCAUCGCUUGCUACGCGGCGUUCACCAUUCGGAUGUUGGCGCGGAGCGAGCCCGUGGGCGAGGUGUUCACCCUCAACGCCGUCUGGGCGGCCAAGAACCGCAGCCUCCGCCUCCUCACCCGACACCAGUUCCUCUACGGACCUCGUCGCAUGACGAACUGGCUCUUCGUGGUGGUGGACGCGGUGCUGGAGGAGAAUGUGCCGGUGCCGCCGUCGCCCAGGGGGAUGAUCCUGCAGAAUGUGCAGGUGCGGAUCGAGGCCUGGCGCAAGGCCGUCGAGACGGCCCACCCGCGCGAGAAGGCGGCCCUGCUCGCCGUGCUCGAGGCCGUCGACGUCUCCGCGCCGCCCUCCCGGAAGAUGCUCACCUACUUCGCCAACUAUGCACCACCCCCGCCUGGCCACACCUCGCCGCCAUCGUCAUCGUCGUCGUCUUCAUCAUCAUCAUCAGCGUCAUCAUUGUCGUCGUCCCCAGUCGACGGCCACUCGCCGGCGGCGCCGGUCGAUGACCGCCACGGCCACGGCCACGGCCAGCACCAGGCCACUGCCGCCGGGCCGACAGCGUCGGAGCAACGGCGGGAGGCGGAGCUGGCCGAGAUGGUCCACGCCCUCUACGACGACCAGCAACAGUCACAGCCAUCGCAGCCACACCCGCACGAGAACGGACAGCAGCAGCAGCCCGACAUGCCCGCAACCCCGGGCGAUCCCUGGCUCGAGUUCCGAGGCCUCGCGUCGCCCACCUGGCUCUAG